AAUCCUCAAAUUAACAGAAAAUUACACCACAUUAACCAGGGAUCAACCAAAUACUACAGUGGAUCAAAGUCAAUCCCUCCGGCUUUCAAAUCUCAUUUUAGCCAGUGCAUGUCGCAAGUUUUUCAAAACAAACUUGGACUUUAUUGGGAAGUUUCUUCAAGAAGAGUCUGUUUCUUACUAUCAAUCACUACUUGAAAAAUUCGAUUCAAUAACUACGUUUGAUGUUGACGAUCUAGUCUUACUUAAUCGGAUGUGCAAAAUUCAUUUCCAUAUGCUUGAACAUUUGCUGACUGAAUACUGGUUAUAUACCAAAGAACUUGGAGAGCUAUCACUACGUGAACAGAAGGGGCAAUGCUAGCUAAGUUGUAGAACAUAUGAAUAGAAUGUAACACACGUGUAAUAAUGUUUGUCAGAGUCACAUUGUUCAUUUAGUAAUAAAUUAGUUUUUGCGCUUUUUUGCGCGUUUUAGCGCAUUUCAAAUGGUAGCGAUAUGUCAUCGAAACACCCGUUGUCAGAAAUUGGAAUUCUCUUCAAAGAUGCGCUUUUCAAGCUUAUAAACCAACAAUAUGCCCACGGCUCCAAGAAUUUUCAUUUCAAUAUAACCAAGAUGUCCAAUCCUCUCAAGAUAGUAGAUAUUUCACAAGAUGAUCAAGCCCUUGUUCAAAAGCAACUAUUAGACGCAGCCACUACUCAAGGGUUUCUUUUCAUUGAAGGACAUGACUUUACCCAACAGGAAGUUGAUUCUCUAUUUGAAUUAUCAAAUGAAUUCUUUAAAUUACCCCACGAAUAUAAACAGAAAUUUCCUAUAGAUGCUUCUAACCAUGGUUAUUCUGAUUUUGCUGGGGAAAAUUUGGACCCUAAGAAUCAAAAGAAGGGAGAUCCUAAAGAGGCUCUUAACUUCUGUGCCUUGAAUUUCAAGACUGGAGACUCGUCCAAACCAAUUCCAGAUUGGUUUACCAAUGAUUCAUCGAGAGAAGAACUCUUGCGUGGUGUCAUUGUCAGAUUAUAUAAGUUGUCAAUUAGAAUUCUCGAGAUUCUUGCUCAAGGUUUGGAAAUUGAAGACACUGAUGGUUUGAAGGGCAAGGAUUGGUUUAGCGCAAAAUAUGCGCCAGACAAGUCAUCAGGAUCCACCUUCCGAUUACUUCACUACCCUGGACAAAAGUCAUUAAAUCCGGAAAGUGUCGUUAGGGCAGGUGCUCAUACCGACUAUGGUGCAGUCACCUUGUUAUUUCAACGAGAAAACCAAGCAGGAUUGGAAAUAUACUCGCCAGUUUCAAAACAAUGGGAAUCCGUUCCCUUUGUUCCAUCAAAUGAUGCAGGUGUGGCUCCUCCCAUUGUAGUAAAUAUAGGCGAUUUAUUGAGUUAUUGGACAGCGGGCCUACUCAAAUCCACAAUUCACCGGGUCAAGUUCCCUAAAGAGGUACAAGAGACUGGACAGGACAGAUAUUCUAUUGUAUUUUUUAGUCAUCCAAAUGAUGAUGCUUUAUUGGAGCCUGUUCCAUGUUCCGUUAUUAGAAAUAGAGAGGGAAGAGGGGCAAAUAACGCAGAGGUUAAAAUAACUGCAAGAGAACACCUCCAACGGAGAUUGGCUGCUACUUACGGAUGGUAAGAACCUGUAUAAUUAGUGUAUAUUUUAUAGUAAGUUUAAGAACAUGAAAUUUAAUGCGAAAGAUCUGUUUCCUGAUUGGGCAAGUGUGAAAUUUGUGUCGGCUAUUACGCAAUUU